CACACUUGGCAUCAGGUACAAUAAUAAGUCCAUACAAAUUUGGUAAUUUUAAUUGUAAAUUGACAAGUUCUUUUCAUUCUUAGUUUAAAUAUAAAUAUAUAUAUACAUAAAGAAUAUUGAAAGCAUGUUUUUGGCACGCAGCAUUACCAAUGUGGCACGCUGUGCUCGCGGCAAGCAUACAUUGCCCAAGCUGCCCUACGAUUAUGCCGCGUUGGAGCCUAUCAUCUGUCGUGAAAUAAUGGAGCUGCACCACCAGAAGCAUCAUCAGACCUAUGUCAACAAUCUUAAUGUGGCCGAGGAGCAGCUGGCCGAAGCCAAAUCGAAGAGUGACACCACAAAAAUCAUACAAUUGGCGCCCGCAUUGCGUUUCAAUGGUGGCGGUCAUAUAAAUCAUACGAUUUUCUGGCAAAAUCUUUCGCCCUCGAAAUCAAAGCCAAGCGAUGAACUCAAGAAAGCCAUCGAAUCGCAAUGGAAAAGUUUCGAGGAUUUUAAAAAGGAACUCAGCACGAUGACGGUGGCCGUGCAAGGAUCCGGAUGGGGUUGGCUGGGCUAUAAUAGCAAGACUGGCAAGCUGCAACUGGCUGCGUUGCCCAAUCAGGAUCCGUUGGAGGCGUCGACAGGUUUAAUUCCACUGUUUGGCAUCGAUGUUUGGGAGCAUGCAUACUAUUUGCAGUAUAAGAAUGUGCGUCCCUCGUAUGUGGAGGCGAUUUGGGAUAUUGCCAAUUGGGAUGAUAUCUCUUGCCGUUAUCAGGAGGCCAAGAAAUUAUGCUAAAUUCACAUAUAUGUAUUUGAAUUUGAAUAUGUAAUAAUUGCAAACAAAAACAAAAUAUUUGUCGAAUAAAAUUUGCUGCUAAAUCAAGCUGCAGAGAAUGUUA